AUGAAGGUCUCUGCUUCUCUCCUCGCCGUGCUCGCUACCAGCGCCGCUGCAUUCGAUAAAUACCAGCCAUGGGGAAAACGUGACUACGCCUGCGUCAACAUCUACCAAGGCAUCCCCAACAACUCAACCGUAACCGCAGGCCAAACCAUCCACCUCCGCUUCAACCGCCAGCCCACAACGCACUGCGAGAGCCCGCUGACGCAGUACCCGGGCGACGCGUACAGCGUAUGGCUGUACAACAACCCCGUGCGCGACCGCGACACCAUCUCGUUUGACCGCUCUGUCAAGAUUGUCGGCGAUAUUGCCGAGUCUACUGGGGCGGUUGAUGUCAAGAUCCCCCGUGAUUUGCCGCAGGUGCGCGAUGGCUCGGUGUGGUAUUUGCGGUUGAGUACGUCGCUGUCGACGGCGCCGCAGAUGCCGACGCUGUACGACGCUGCGGGGCCGUUUAGAAUUACUGCCGCAUAG